GUUGUGUUUUUACUUUAUUAUGGAGCUGAAAAGAUUUUUUGUGGUGCCCCGGAUACACAACAUACAUACAAUGAUUCACAAAACAAUGAUAAUAAAAAAUAUACUACCAUCUAUAGUUACAAAACAUCACGGAGACACCAACCAUCAGUUGCAACAUAUCAAUAAUAAGACAUAUGUUGGAGGAGUUGUGGUAUCACUAUUUAAAGCAUUCAAAGACAUCUUAAUAAUUUAACCAAUCUUUGAAUUUGCACAAAGACACUAGAGCAUUCAACUAUUCCAGGCUCAAUAAUCGCAAAACAAUUUAAACUAAUCUUUCCAGUUCAGUAUUAAAAACAUUAAAAACUAGUAAUUAGAGCACUAUAUAAAGGUAUUGGUUGGUGGUAUAUCUAACAACACACUAACACAUGUGAACAAUAGCUUAUACAGUAUAAUGUAUUGUGUACAUGAAUGAUAUUAAAUUAAUGCAAAACAUGAGUUACAAAUGCCGCUUUUAAGUCUGUCACAUUGUAACUAAGUGCUGUACUGUUUAUUUUUUUCCAGACACAAUGGAGACACAGCAAUGUGAAAAAUGUGGACAGAGUUUCUCAGACAAUGGCUUGUUUGUCUCUCACCCCUGUUCAGAUAGGAUGACGACUCCUUCCAGUCACAAACAGCUGGGGAACUACAAGUGUUCUCAGUGCAGUGAGGCUUUUUCCACACCGGCUAUCCUGAAACGGCACUUUAAAACCAUCCACAGUGGGCAUGACGCUAAAGGCCCGUUCCCCUGCGCUGAGCACGGCUGCCAGUUCAGCAGCACAGAGCGUCAGGAAUAUCAAGCCCACUUGACGUCCACACAUGGUCUCACUCUUAUUCCUUGCACUCUCCAGUCGUGCAAAGCGUCAUUCCUCAAACAGGGUGAGAUGGAGAGACACUUGCGGGACCACAUGCCCUUCGGCUGCUUUCAGUGUCAGUUCGUCACUCAAAAUGAAAAAGGCCUGAGUGACCACCUCUUGGAGCACAACCAUCCGCCAACUUGUGCUCAAGGGAACGAGACUGCAGCCACAGCUGUAUGCGCUAAUGAAAGCCACCAGCCUCGGGUGUCCGGCAGGCCAAAAAGAAAACUGAUAUCCAAGCCAGGUUAUGCAUCAUCAUUACCAGAUGACAGGAAUGAGGAACAGCCAGAGAGGCCCAAAGUUAAAAGAGUGAGGAAGGCAGUGAAAGGGGAGAAACCUUCAGCAGUGGACGCUGCACCACUGCCAUCCAAAGAGUACCUUGCAGAGGGAUCAGAGCACAUCUAUCGCACCCACACCUGCCCCAAGUGUCGCCGCUGCUUCAAGAUGCGCUCCCACCUGCAAGAGCACCUCCAUUUACAUUUUCCUGACCCCAGUCUCCAGUGUCCCACAUGCAAGCGUUACUUCACCAGCAAGAGCAAGCUACGCACACAUAGACUCCGUGAGGCAGGUGAAAAGGUUCACCGUUGCCAAUUGUGUCAGUAUUCUGCCGUGGAGCGGAACGCAAUCCGCCGUCACCUUGUCAGCGUGCAUGCCGAAGACGCAGAAGAUGGCGUAAACAGCUAUCCAUGCCCCACUUGUGGUCAAAGCUUUCGCCAGAGCAAGUUGCUUAAGGCUCACAUGAAGACGCACAACGUCCUGUCAGACAACAAGCCAUUGGCCUGUUUUCCAGAGGGUUGUUCUUUCCAGAGUUCUUUGCGCAAAGAACUUCUUAGACACACUGCUGAAGUGCAUGGCGUCAAGGCUUUAGAGUGUCGUCAUCACGCCUGUGGUGCCGUCUUUCAAAGUGAGACGGACAUGGAGGCUCAUUAUCGGACGCACCUUGCCUACCACUGCUCAAAGUGUGACUUCUCUUGCUCCAAUAAGACAGUCUUCCUCCAGCACCAGCGCCAUGGUCACCCAGGAAGUGACAAGCUUUGCUGUGACUUUUGCUCCUUUGUCACGUUUAACCCCGUAGAGUUUGAGCAGCACAUUGGACAUUUGCACGCCAACGAGAAGAUCCAUCACUGCUCUCAGUGCAACUACGUGACCUCACAUAAACGUGGCUUGAAGCGACACAUGCUGAUGCACAGUGGUGAGAAGCCCCACAAGUGUAACCUGUGUGACUUCAGGUGUCGAGAUGAAUCCUACCUCUCUAAACAUAUGCUCACUCACUCAGACGACAAGAACUUUAUGUGCGCUGAAUGUGGAUACGUCACAAAAUGGAAACACUACCUGAAUGUCCAUAUGAGGAAACAUGCUGGAGACCUCAGGUAUCACUGUGAUCAGUGCUCCUACCGCUGUCACCGCAUGGACCAGCUAAAUAGCCACAAAUUACGACAUCAGGCCAAAUCACUCAUGUGUGAGAUCUGUGCUUAUGCCUGCAAGCGCAAAUAUGAGCUUCGCAAUCACAUGUUGGCCAAACAUUCUGAAGAGGACAAACAGCCAUCGGUUUAUAAGUGCAAAUACUGCACAUACACUACUUGCUACAGACAAGCCCUUCAAAACCAUGAGAACUGCAAACAUACCAAGCUGAAAGAGUUUCGGUGUGCCCUCUGCUUUUAUUCCUCCUUCAGUAGCAUCAGCCUCUUCCUGCACAAGAAGAAAGCUCAUGGGUACGUACCAGGGGACAAAGCCUGGCUAGAGAACUAUGCUGCAAAGGAAAAGGAGAAGAACUCAACUGAGUUCUUGCAGAACUUUUACAAUAAGCCCUCAACAGAUCAUGAGCAGUCUGAACAAUCAACUUCUGAAGGGCCUCCACCAUCUCAAAGAGAACAAUCUGAUCUUCCUGGUUCAGCAGAUCACAGUGCCAGCAAAGAAACUGUAACUGAUUCACAAACUGUUGAUUCUGUGGAUGUUUUUGAUGUUGUGUCUCAAGAAGUUGUCAAUGAAGGUAUUUCAGAUAGUCCUCCACCUGCGAACAAUCCUGAGGAGUACUGUACUCUUGUUUUAACGACACUGGCAACCACUGACUAUCAGACCCCCUCUUUGCAAAAUGAGGAAGAACAUUGUGCAAAUCAAACUUCAAGCUCACCCAAUUUAACCUGUAAUGCACCUGACAUAUCACAAGAGAAGGCAGACUUCUCCACAUCUUCAUCAGAGGAAGACAAUGUAGCUAUGGCAGAUGCAGAAUGUGAACAAAGUGACUUGGAGGACAACUGUGAGCCUCUGAAUAAUACAACUCAACCAGUUGAACCUGCAGAGUGUCUGCAGUCUCAAGCACCUGAGGGGGAGGAUGAUGAUGGGACAAUCAGUUCUACUUUUCCAUCUGGGCAAAAUCAGCCAUUAGAAUCUGAACUCCGUCUAAAAGCACUGAAGAAGCACGACAAGGACCAAGCAGAAGCCAUGGUUUUGGAGGGACGGGUGCAGAUGCUUGUGGUGCCAACUAAAGACGUUUUUCGAUGUGACAAGUGUCCUUAUGUAACCAGUAAGGAGACCACUUUGAAGUACCACUGCCAGGCUUUGUGCCAUGGUAGGAUAAAGGGACACAAGUGCCAGGCCUGUGGUGCACAGUUCAAACAGAAACGAGGCCUUGAUAGCCACCUUGCAAAGAAGUGCCCAGCACUUCCGCGAAAAGCAAGAACAUUUGUAGGAAUUUCAAGUACAUGUUUGGCUACAGAGGACAACUCUAUUGUAGGUCAGGAAGGAUCAAAACAGCUGGAUAAGGGAACAAAUCCCAAUCAGACAGUGCCCCUAUCUUCACAAAAUAGGAUUUGCACAGAUUCAAAUGAUCAGGAAUUUCAUAAUCAAGAAGCAUAUACAUCUAAUUUAACAAAAUCUAAAGGCUUUGUUCAUAAUGCUUUUAAAUCCAGUGAAUCUGGACAUCGGCAAAACAAAAUUCAGACCAAAAAAGGAAAAAAGCAGUUAUCUUUAAAUACUAAACAAAUGUUGGUUUCACUGCAGUCCCUUUACACAAAAAACGAUGGGAAAUUCAAAUGCAAGCUGUGCAAUUUUUCAUCAGUCAAGCUUGCAACAGUUGAACGCCAUCUCUCAACCUGCAGAAAAAGUUUAAGGAAAAACGAGGACCAGAUAAUUUCAGAAACAGAUGAUGAGUGCGGUAACAAGUCUGUCAAAGAAAAAGAGGACGUGGUGGAAGAGCGCAAUGAAAGAACUGGGAAAGUUCCUCCUAAACAUCAGAUCUUCUCUUGUCUAAGCUGUGCAUUUAAAUGCAACCAGAAAAGGGCUUUAGACAGUCAUGAAAAGAGAGGUUGUUUGAAGCCAAAUGAAAUCCAGUGCAGCACGUGCUCAUUCGUAGCCAAAUCUAAAAUUUCUUUGACUCGUCACAUCUUGUAUGUCCAUAACAAAAAAAAGUUUGGUGUUGCUAAACCUAAACUUUUGCAUUGCCAGCACUGUACUUUCACCUGUAAACAAGAACGAUGCAUGGCCCAACAUGUUGCGCUCAAGCACAAAGGUGCGCAACCUCACCAUUGUCAAUAUUGUCCUUUUAGCACUACAAGGCGCUAUCGCUUGGAAGAGCAUGAGUCUCUUCACACAGGACUCGGCCGUCACAGCUGCGAUAUGUGCGACAAAACCUUUGGUGCUGUGACCAAAUUGCGUCAGCAUAAGAUGCGCAUCCACGACAAACAACCUACACACUUCUGCUCGCUCUGUGACUUCAGUGGCUACACGCUUGACGAUGUAAGACGGCACAAUCUCAGAUGCCACACGGGGGAGUUGCACCAUGCUUGCACUCAUUGUGAGGCUCAGUUCAGUUCAGAAGUUGCACUAAGAAACCACUGUAAACGUGUGCACCAGCUCCAGGUGUGUUUCUCAUGUAAGCAGUGUGACUUCACAUGUAGCAGCGAGGUCACACUGAAGACCCACCAAGAGAGCAAGCACCCGCAGGUAAAGUGCACCACCUGUCAGGAGUCUUUCAGGACAAAGGAAAGCCUUGUGAUUCAUCAGAGAACCCACAUGGCACAUCAGUGUCACCUGUGCCCCUUUGCUACCAGAACAAGGCAGCUGUUAGCUCAGCACCUUGUGAAUGAACACGAGGAGGGAUCUCCAGAGGACAAGCUUCUCAAAUGCACCUCCUGUCAGUUUGCUUGUCGGCAUCAGCUGGUGUUAGAGCAGCACCUCCGUUCACACGGAGGCAAGCGUCUGUACAAAUGCACAGACUGCGAGUAUUCAACCCGGAACAAGCAGAAGAUCACGUGGCACAUCCGUAUACACACUGGGGAGAAGCCUUACAGCUGUGAACAGUGCAGUUACACCUGUGCUGAUCCGUCCAGGUUGAAGCUUCACAUGAGGGUUCACCAAGAUGAAAAGAAGUACCUUUGUCCACAGUGUGGCUACAAAUGCAAGUGGGCGACUCAGCUGAAGUACCACAUGACCAAGCACACAGGGGACAAGCCGUAUGCCUGUGAUGAGUGUGACUACCGCACUAACAGAGCGGAUGCUCUCCGUGCCCACCGGGACACGCAGCACUGUGACGUGCGCCCUUAUGUCUGUGAGAAAUGCGGCAAAGCCUUCAAGACUAGUUUUAUACUGAAGACCCACCAGCGUCAACACAGUGACGAUCGGCCAUACACGUGCGGCCAAUGCCACAAGGCCUUCCGGUGGCCGGCGGGUCUCAGACAUCACUACCUCUCACACACCAACCAGCAACCUUUCUCCUGUCGCUACUGCUCCUACAGAGCCAAACAGAAGUUCCAGGUGGUCAAGCAUUUGCAGAGGCAUCAUCCAGAGAAGUCCGUAGAGCAGGGCGUGGUGAGGGACUCUGAGGCCGUUAGCCUGACCCUGAAGGAGGCCUUGCAAGGGACACUUGAUGAGAAAGCAAGAGAAGUGGAAGUGGAGGAAGGGGCGGCCGAUGAAGUACAAGAAGUAGUUGAAGAGGUUGUGCAACAAGGGGAAGACAGUGAGACAAUAUGUUGAAGAGAGGGCACAAUAGAUGCAGUGGUCAGUUCAAGUGUAGAUGGCUAUCAUUUCCAAAAGGAAGUUAAAUCUGUUAAUAUUUAUAUUGGACCACUUGAUUUUAUUGUACUGUUGAGGCUAAUAAAAACACAUCGGUACAUAUUUAAA